AUGGCCUCCGCCAUGGCGCCGGCGAUGCUUUUGCUAAUGUUCUGCGUCGUCGGCUUCGGAAUAGUUUCCGCCACAACAGAUCCUGGAGAUGGUAAGGAUCCCCUUCCUUCAAGCAUACCCGUUUCCUUGCUGUAGGACAGUGCCUGAUGGAUCUCAUGCCCAGGUUCUGAUGGGUUCUUUUCUCAUCUCUCUCUCUCUCUCUGUUUUAGACAUGUGGUCUUCCGGAAUUAAUCGAGAUUCGAUUGCUUGUUCAUCGACCAUGAUAACUGGAUCAAAGUAUCCAGGAUUUGAUUUUUGGUCGGAAGGCGUUCUUUCUGAGCCAAACCGGCGCCCUCCCCCAUCCCGUCGUCUAGAACAGGGCCCAUUUCCUCGUUAAAGAGCUUUCUCCCGGUAACCAGUAUUUCGAUUACUGACAGCCAAAUGAUUGCAGCUGCCGUGCUCAGAAAUCUGAGGCAGAUUUGGAAGAACACGCCGCCGAACUGGGGAGAAUCGGACGACCCUUGCGGCGCGCCGUGGGACGGGAUCGCCUGCAAUAAUUCGAGGGUCGUCAAAUUGUGAGGCUCCGCUUUUGAUCCGCCGAUUCGAGGUCCCCCUCCGUAAUCCAACUUGUCUUAUGAACGUUCGCCUCUCUUUCAGGACGAUGGUGUCCGUGGGCCUCGAAGGAACGCUCAGCGACGACAUCGGCCAGCUCGCAGAUCUCCAGCUCUUGUAAGUUCGCGCUAUCCAUCGCACGCCGCCGUCGCCUCGCGGCGGGGAUCGCAUGAUUUUCUUCGAUCCAAAGCUAAUUUGAAGAAAACCGCAGGGAUCUCUCUUACAACAUCAAUCUAACCGGCCGAAUUCCUUCAUCCAUCGGGAACUUGCAGAAGCUUGAGACGCUGUAAGAACUCUUGUUGGACUUGCUUACUGGACCACCCUCCCGCGUCCCUGUCGACCCUUCUUCCUAAAACUUUCCCGUGGUGUAUGCCAGGAGCUUACCCGGAUGCAACUUCGGCGGGAGCAUUCCGACAGAAAUCGGCAACAUCCAAAAGCUCAAAUUCUUGUAAGAAUCGUUGUAGAGCAUCUGAGGUUUCACUACGAAAUCGGAAUACUAUUCUGCCAUGAUUGGAGACGAUCGCCUAAUCUCUCUCUCUCUCUCUCUCGCUCUGUUUGUCGUUCUUAGAGCUCUGAACUCCAACAACCUCACCGGAGGCAUACCCCCUAGCCUCGGGAGUCUUCCCCAUCUCGACUGGUUGGAUUUGGGGGACAACCACCUCACUGGACCAAUUCCCGUCUCCUCAGGCAGCACCCCCGGCUUGGAUCAGCUCCACCAGACGAGGCACUUGUGAGUCUCUCUGUCACAGAGGAAACAAUCAGUGGAAAUCUUAUUUCUUCAUGAAUGGAUAUUUUGGGGGCGUUGGGCUAACCAGAGUCCAUAUGCUCGCCAGCCAUUUCAACAAGAACCAGCUAUCGGGAAACAUCCCAGAGAGUCUCUUCAACUCAAACAUGACCUUGAUCCACAUGUAAGAAGCCGCCGCCGAUAUGCCCACCAGUGAUUUCCGACCAUGGAGGCUCCGCAUCUGAUGACGGCUAGUUUCCGGCUUUCUUGCAGACUCUUCGAUGGGAAUAACUUCACGGGGGGCAUCCCAGCAUCAAUAGGGCUGCUGCCAAGCCUCACGGUUCUGUAAGUUUCCCCUGUCAGAGCUCAGAUUCUCCAUGUCUUCGAAAAUUUCCAUCUCUACCGUAUAUUGUUGGAUUCGGGGGGCCGCAAAUUCUCAUCUGUUCUUUUUGCAACAGCCGUCUUGAUCGCAAUGCGCUGAGUGGAGCAGUCCCUUCCAACAUCCGAAAUCUGACGUUAGUCAGAGAGCUGUGAGUUCAUCCCUUCUUCGUUCUGUGACCUCCCCCCGGUGUGUUCUUCCCCUCUCUCCGCCCUUCAACUCGGUGUUUCCUUUGCAUCUGGUUCAGGAACUUGGCGAACAACGCGCUGACAGGGGAUAUUCCAGAUCUUACCGGAAUGACAACCCUGAACUAUGUGUAAGCGACCUUCCCGAUGAUCCGGCUAGUAAGCAGCGGCUCCGUAUUCCUCGCCGUUGACUGAUAGCUCUUUGAUGGAUUCCCCGCAGAGAUUUAAGCAACAACUUGUUCACCGCAUCCGUGGCUCCGUCUUGGUUCUCAAAUCUCCGGUCGCUCACCGUCUUGUAAGUUCUCAAAUCUCCGUCUGAUGCUCAUGCCGACGACGGUUUGGCCCAUUGGCAUUAUCUCUGACAUUGGCCUCGCCGCCGGGUGCGCAGGGUGAUGCAGUACGGGGGUCUCGUCGGCGGGGUGCCGACCGAGCUUUUCAGAUUCCCACGAUUACAGGAGCUGUAAGUGCUGCCAGCUACAGUCACAACGAGACCAGGGGAUACGGAGGGACACCCUCAUACGAAUCAUGAUUUAUUUGCAGAAUCCUGAGGAACAACAAAUUCAAUGGAACCGUCGACAUGGGCACCAGCGUCGGUUCGGAGCUCCAGCUUGUGGAUCUGCGGGGCAACGUCAUCACCGGCGUCCAAAACGAGCUGCAGCUUGCUGGUGGGGCCCUCAGGUGGGUGAACGUGGACUUGCCGGCCUUCUCUGGUCAUUUACUUUGAUCUCCAUCUUUAUGACGUCCUCUGAAACUUGCUUGAGUGCAGGUUAACCGGAAACCCAGUCUGCAACGCCCAGAUCGAGGACAAGGACUUCUGCAAAUCGGAGGUGGAGACGGCGAAAUACUCCACGGUUAGCAACUGCAACAACAACGCCUGCACCGAGGGGCAGGGGGUCAGACCCCGGACCUGCGACUGCGGCCACCCAUACGCCGGGACGCUGAUCUUCAGAGGUCCCUUGUUCCGAGAUUUGAGGAACAGCACGAGGUUCCAGUCACUUGAGAGGGAGCUACGGGACAAACUGAAUCUCGGAGAGGAUUCGGUCUCCCUCCAGGACCCCUUCUUCGACGUCGACGAGUAUCUGCAGGUCCAUCUAGAACUCUUCCCUUCGGAUGGAAAGUUCUUCAAUCGAACGGAGGUGCAGAGGCUUGGAUCCGCGCUGAGCACCCAAGAGUUCAAGCCCCACGAGGACGACUGGGGCCCCUACGUGUUCAAGGGUGAAGUCUACAGGUUCGACGGUGCGUAUUCUUCAUCUUUUCUCAUUCUUAGACCGAUGAUCUCAUCCUCUUCCGGGCAAUCAACUGAGGGAAGCAAACUGUUUCAGAUGGCAACCGCAAGAAAUUCUCCGGCGCAGUGGUUGCGGGCAUCGCCGCCGGCUGCGGCGCCCUCCUCAUUGGACUGAUAGCAGUUGGUAUCUACGCCGUGCGAGAGAGGAGAGUUGCCGAAAGAGCCAGGAGGAUAACGAAUCCCUUCGGUGCGCUUCGUAACGAUCACUGAUCUGGAGAUUUGCGCCAAUAUUCUAGGCCAAAUAUUUAUCUCCUAACUCCGUCUACUUCUGUUUCACAUUUCAGCACACUGGGCGACAGACGACGCAGAAGCCGGUAGCGCACCGCAGUUGAAUGGAGUGACCUUCUUCUCCUUCAACGAGGUGAAGAAUUGCACCGACAAUUUCUCAGAAGAUAAUGAGAUCGGCGCCGGAGGCUAUGGCCAGGUAACCCAUCGUCCGGCCCUUGGUGAGAGCUUUCAUUAUUAUCGAGUCCCUCCCCUUGACGGAUCGUCCCGCUCCGCUUAGGUUUACAAGGGGAAGCUCCCGAACGGGCAACUGGUUGCGAUCAAGAGAGCGAAGCAGGGAUCCAUGCAAGGGGCGCUCGAGUUCAAGACAGAGAUCGAGUUGCUCUCGAGGGUCCAUCACAUGAACCUGGUGCGGCUCGUCGGCUUCUGCUUCGAGAAAGGGGAGCAGAUGCUGAUCUACGAGUACAUCCCCUAUGGGACUCUCGCCGAGAGCUUGUCUGGUUUGUUCCUCUACCCAUCGGUGGCCACAAGGGUUCGCCGGAAGCAAUCGCCCUAUUCGUCUCUAAUUCUGGCGUGCUGGUCGUCUUCUCCGCACAGGGAAAGUUGGUAUCCAGCUUAGCUGGUUGCACCGGCUGAGGAUCGCUCUAGGGUCAGCCAGAGGACUGGCCUACCUUCACGAGCUCGCCGACCCACCGAUCAUCCACAGAGACGUCAAGACUGCCAACAUUCUCCUUGAUGAACGCCUGACGGCGAAGGUUGCCGACUUUGGACUGUCAAAACUAGUAUCGGACGCUGAACAUGAUAAUGUUUCCACCGCCGUCAAGGGAACUCUGGUAAGAUCUCCCCCUAUCGGUUGUUUCUUCGCCCAUGAUUCGAGAGGUUUCUAGUUUCUGGUGAAUCUCUCAAUCUCGGGACCAUCCUUACUGAAAGCUCCUCCUUGUGCAGGGCUACCUCGAUCCGGAGUACUUCGCGACCCAUCAGCUGACGGACAAGAGCGACGUUUACAGCUUUGGGGUAGUCAUGCUCGAGCUGAUCACCGGCAAGAAGCCGAUAGAGAAGAACAGAUACAUUGUCCGCGAGGUGAGGGUGGCGUUGGAGUCGCGUGACGGCCUGAAGGGGGUGAUCGAUCCGGUCAUCCGAGACACGCCGAAUCUCGUGGGCUUGGCGAAGUUCGUGGACCUAGCCAUGCAGUGCGUCGAGCACUUCUCUGCCGAUCGUCCGACGAUGAGGGAGGUCGUGAAGGAGAUCGAAUCCAUUUUGGACAACGACGGCAUCGACUCCCGCUCGACUUCCAUGGUUUCGUCCUUCGCAGACUUCGGCGCUGCAGCGGACGCCGCCCGGCGCCGUCACAGCGAGUCGCUGUCCAGCCUGGAGCUCAGCAGCAACGCCUUCGACAGCAGCGCCGCCGUGUACAUCUUACCGCCCAUCGUUGAGCCCAAGUAG